GCUGUGCCGUCACCUCAUGGCGACGCGGGUAGAGGAGGCAGCGAGGGGAAGAGGCGGCGGCGCCGAAGAGGCGAUUGAGGCCGGACGGGGCGGACGGCGACGCAGCCCGCGGCAGAAGUUUGUGAUAGGCACAACAGAAGAAGCUGGAAUCUGCGGGCUAGGGGUGAAAGCAGAUAUGUUGCAUAACUCUCAGUCAAAUGACAUUCUUCAACAUCAAGACUCGCACUGCGGUGGCACAAGUAACAAGCACUCACGGGGAGAUAACGAAGGCGGUGACUUCCUCACAAAGAACCGGGAAUUGAUGAGCCAGGCCUUCUGUACACAGGCGCCGAGAGAGGGGAUUCCUGGGCGAGAAGCUCGAACAGAUCCCCCUGACGGUCGGCAGGACUCGGAAUGUAACAGGAACAAAGAGAAAACCUUAGGAAAAGAAGUUUUAUUAUUGAUGCAAGCCCUCAACACCCUUUCAACUCCAGAAGAGAAGCUGGCUGCUCUGUGUAAGAAAUACGCUGACCUUCUGGAAGAGAGCAGGAAUGUUCAGAAGCAAAUGAAGAUUCUGCAGAAGAAGCAAGCCCAGAUCGUGAAAGAGAAAGUUCACUUGCAGAGUGAGCACAGCAAGGCCAUCUUGGCAAGAAGCAAACUAGAAUCCCUCUGCAGGGAGCUUCAGCGCCACAAUAAAACGUUAAAGGAAGAAAAUAUGCAGCAGGCACGGGAGGAGGAAGAAAGACGUAAAGAAGCAACCGCACACUUCCAGAUUACUCUAAAUGAGAUCCAGGCGCAGCUGGGGCAGCACGAUGUCCACAACGCCAAACUCCGCCAGGAAAACAUCGAGCUGGGGGAGAAGUUGAAGAAGCUCAUUGAGCAGUACGCUCUGCGAGAGGAGCAUAUUGAUAAAGUGUUCAAGCACAAGGAACUGCAGCAGCAGCUUGUGGAUGCCAAGCUUCAGCAGACGACACAGCUGAUAAAAGAAGCCGACGAAAAGCAUCAGAGAGAGAGAGAGUUUUUAUUAAAAGAAGCAACAGAAUCGAGGCACAAAUAUGAACAAAUGAAACAGCAAGAAGUACAACUAAAGCAGCAGCUUUCACUUUAUAUGGACAAGUUUGAAGAAUUCCAGACAACCAUGGCAAAAAGCAAUGAACUGUUUACCACCUUCCGCCAGGAAAUGGAAAAGAUGACGAAGAAAAUUAAAAAGCUGGAAAAAGAAACGAUAAUCUGGCGCAGCAAGUGGGAAAAUAACAACAAGGCGCUUCUGCAGAUGGCGGAAGAGAAAACUGUCCGAGAUAAAGAAUACAAGGCUUUUCAAAUCAAACUGGAACGGUUAGAGAAGCUGUGCAGGGCUCUUCAAACAGAAAGAAACGAGCUCAACGAGAAGGUGGAGGUCCUGAAGGAGCAGGGCUCUGGGCGGGGGGUGCCUCGGCCCUGUGCUGCCCCGGGCUCCCCUGCCCAGCCAAACCCUGCUUACCCUCUGGUCGGCACCCCGUGCCCCCCAGAGCCCAUGCCCCAAGCCGGGUGCACGGGUGCAGGCACGGGCAUCGAGUCAGUUGACUGAGAUAAAGUGUGAUUGCUGUGUGGAGAGCUCUAUUUUGUGUAUAACUUUCUCUGUUAGUAGUUAACUAUUGGUUUUGUGGUGAAGAUUUUCUUACUUUUUCUACCAUAUCUGUAUUUUCUUAGAACUACUGGACUUCUGUGGUACAGGAGGCUGCUUAGCCCUUUGGAUAGUUUUACUCUGCAUUUUCCUCAGCUGUGUUGCACAUCUGCCUCGGUUCCCUUCAUUGGAAUGCAUGUGGUCAUGGCGUGUCCUCCUCCCUGCUCCUUGUCUAGAAUUAUCCUAAUUAAAAUUUCACUCAAGACAGGACUGACCAUUACAAGGGAACUUUGUUCUGACAAUGGUCCCUUGAUGGGAAAAUACUUCAGGAUCCUGGCCCCCAUUAAUAAUAUUCAAAAAAAGAAGUCAACAUUAUUAGUUUUCCCUAAUAGACCGUUUAAAUGCCAAGUAAAAAUAAAACUCUUGUUGGGUCAGAAAGAAGCAUAGAAUAUUCAAUUCCAAUUAGGCCACUUGGUAUUUCUACAUUUGACAAGCUGACAUGGCCACAAGCCUUGAGUUCCUACAAGCUUUGGCAGAAGGCAGGCAGGAAGCUGUGAGUCGGGAGCAGCAGUGCAGGCAGGCAGGUCACCGGGCAGGCUGAAGGCUCAGACCUUCCUAGUGAAGCCAUUCUGCUUCGGCUUCAGGAUGUUAGAGCCACUGGUGAGCCUGGGCCCCUGCCUCCACUGCAGAGUGCAGGGGCUGCCCGCUUCCACUUGGCCCGUCUCCGCUCCCUACAGGCAGCAGUCAUGCUGGUCAUAAGAUGAGGGCAAGUUCCUGCAUUGCCUUCACGAAUCCUGAGUCUCUCCGCUGCCUCCUUGGGCCAUCGUCAGUGUCCACCUGUCAAGUCCCAGCAACUUCUCCAGGUUUUAAAAAAGGGAAUCUGGUUAUGACUAGUGCCAACUAAAACCGGUCUCAUUUCCCAGUUGGGACUAGAACCAACAUCUUUAACUUUGGGGAAACGUGGCAGAGUGUUUAGUCAGAAUCUGUUACUUAUCUUUUCGCCUAUUUCUCACACUUUUCUUACUGUCACUUGUUUUGAAGAAAGGAAAAACACCAGUAUUACCAAGGUCUGUACACUUGGAAGGGGGAGCUUUCACAACCCAGCACACCACCUGAAGUAGUUCAACUGAUUCCCUUUGUUCUUUGCGACAAUAUGGCUAAGUUGAGAGACUGAGGAGGUCUGAUUUGUCCCUGGCAUAACUCGCAUUGAGAUACUUUAUGAAAAUUAAAAGGUCCUAUUGGAACCUAUGAUAGCACAUUCCACCAAGCAAAACUAUCCAACAGACACCUCUUAAAUUACUUACUGCAUUGAACAAUUUCCACUCCGUCCAGUUAAAUAAAAGGGUUUUUAUCCUGCUGACACACACUAAACUGAGAAAGAAUUGAAAACUGUCCAGUAGAUAGGAAACAGCACCUGGAGUGGAGGAUACUGUACUACCAGGCUUCCAUCAUUGGUCAUGUUAACCAAGGGCCAGAUGGCAGAGGAAAAUAAAUCCACAAAGUAGGUUAUCUGAUUAAUUACUCUUGUCAAAACGAGUCAGAGGCAAAAACAAACAUCCCUCCCCUCCAAUAACCUCUCAUAAAUACCCCCUUCAGCUACUUAAUGAAAUAUUGGACUCAUUUCCCUGAGGAAAUGAAGGUAUAUUGCAAAUUAAAACUACUUUAAAAUGAGGACUAACAGUCCCAUUUCACAACAGCUCUGCUGGGUGUCUGGCUCUCAACAGAGCGCUCUUCAGCCAUCGUAGCCGCCUCGUUUCUUUGUGGUGCUUGUCCUGUGUGGAGGAUUGUAAACCUUGGGCCUGUUGCGUAUUUUCAAGGGCUUUCCUUAGCCAUGUGACUCAGUCCUUGGCCUGCUGCUUUUGGCUUACUGUGUAUUUUUAGCUAGAUGCUGUCAUGUAUUUCAAGGAUAUGGAUUCUGUGUGGGAUGUGUUUGGUGUCCUUUCAGAAUCUUCCCACCCAUUACCCUGUGAAUAAAAACACAUGGGACCCCCCGCCCCCCAAGGAGGCCCUCGUAAAGCAACCACCUCACCAGCCCAGUACUGUGGCUUUGUAGCACGCCCUGUUAUCUACCAUAUUCUAGAACACUGUAACGCUACUAGGCUGACCCAGAAAAGGUUAAAAUGUCCACUUCACUUACAUUGCAUCUGUCACACCAUCACGUGCUCUUGGUGUAUUUAAGAGUGGCAGCAGACACCCAGGAAGAAACUUGGGUCUUGGGUAACGGACCAGUUCAUUCGUAGAGUUGUAGGAGAACAUUACUUGGUCUUCAGACCAGUCUUUUCAGUUAUGUAUGCAACUGCCUUUAUCACACCUGGCUAUCACAAUUCAAUUCUCAGGUGUUGCAGAAAAAUCUACCUCUUUCAGACUGUAGAUGGAAAUAACUGUGAAAAAAUGAUGCAGAUAUCUUCUAGUUUGUGCUAAACACACUGCUUUAUUUUUACAGCCCACGUCUUUCAUGAGGAUACGAAUUGUUAAGAGGCAGUCUUGUUUUGCUUUUCAAAGACAUUUUGUAGAGAUUUUUCACUAAUGUGAAUCUGAUUUUAUCUACUCGAUUCUGUAUAGAUGAAGUAAAUAUGUAUGAUAUAUUUAACAGCUUCUGUGGAGUUUGUUAUCAUGUGACCUUAAUUGUGGUAAUAAUCAAGUCAAGUUCAAACAGCUGCAGUCAUCCGGGUUCCUUAGGUCCCAGGCAGUCUCCACCAUCCUGCCCUUUUAACGAGGGGCAGCCCGGCCAUCCGUGGGCUGGGUGGCUGAUCUGUUUCCUGCUGCAAGACUCAUUAAGUACCCUUUUUCUGAACCU